AUGACUACUGCUAAUGUUCAGGACAUAGGCUACGCCUUCCUAAAGACAUAUUACCAAAGGAUGCAUAAUGAUCCUUCUAAACUUUUUCACUUGUACUCCAAUACAGCUGAAUUGACCCAGAUUAACUACCAAGUAAAUCUCAACACCAAGACGGAUAUACUACCCACAGUCAAGGUUAUCGGCAAAGAAAAUAUUAGUAAGUUUUAUAGCAGAAACAAUAAGAUGGUGCAAGAUGUUCGAGUGAAGAUUGAUGCUUGUGAUUUUCAGUCGACUGGCUCUAGUAACAAUGGGAUCUUGAUCUUAGCAAUGGGCGAAAUAUGCUGGAGCAAUACUCCAACUUACAGAUUCUGUCAAACGUUUGUUUUACACCCUGUGGGCAACAAUAACAAAAUGUACGAUGUUACUAACGACAUCAUACGCUUUAUCCCGGAUAUUCUAAAGGAUAUCGUUCCUGAGUCUCCUGGUUCCACUUUUUCACAAUCUACUCCUUCUAAUAUAAAGAAGGAAGGGUCUACUAAAGAGACUACAGCAAAAAUUUCCUCUUCUACGAAGGAAGACGAGGAUACAAAGAAAGACAGAGAGAAGGAGAAGGAGAAGGAGAGGGAGAAGGAGAAGCAGAAGGAGAAGGAGAAGGAGAAGGACAUUGAGAGGGAGAGGGAGAGGGAGAGGGAGAGGGAUAGAAGGAGGGAGCACAAGAACGAAGAAAGAAAAGAAGAUGUUAUUGGGGCAGCUAAAGAAACUCUAGUACAUUCAAAGGCUGAGAAGGAGGAAGAAGAUCCAGUAGCUACCUUUACUGCCAAAGAAACCUCGAAAAGCCAUCACAAUUCUAGAAUCUCAGAUUCUAAUAGAGAAGAUAUGAAGACAGUUCCAAGGUCUAAAGAUGAUGUUAAAGACGAAGAAAGGAAGCAAUUGAUGAAGUCUGAGUCUGAUGUUCCUAAAAAAAUGAAUUGGGCAUCCCAGUUGACCAAUUCAGACUCGAAAAUAGUCCCUAAUGUCACUACUAACUAUACUAGGGUACCUCCAGAACCUGCUAAAACCCCAGAUAGAAGGACUCCCCCACCAAACGGGAAUUCUAAAGCGAACAGCAAGAAGACUAAACAUAUAAGCGUUCCUAACAAGGAUGGUUAUUAUCCAGUAUACAUUCGUAACACUGGUGGCGUAACAAAUAAAGAGUUGACGGAUACUCUAGAAAGAGAGUUCGGUGUCGUCAAAAAAAUAUCUGCACAAGAAUCUUUUGCGGUAAUCGACUUCGAAGACCCACACUGUCAGCAAGACGCUAUCAGGAUGCAUACCUUGAAGAUCAGUAACACAACGGUAUAUAUGGAACCUAAAACAGAAAAGAAAAGGGGACCUCCUGCAUCCUCUAUUUCCGCAUCAACCUCUCCAACAUCAAUCAACGGCAGUCGUUCAAACAAAAAGCAUUCAAAUCGAAGGAAAGAUUGA